AAGGCAGGAGUUGUGGCGGGUGCAACCGGCUAGUUCAUCCUGCUGAGCUGUAGUCGAUCCGAUCUGCCUCCGGAUUGUCCUCAGUUGCGAUCCCGAGCUGUGGAGCUAAGUGGCGCUUGGACUGCGGCUGCCGAGUAGGGAGGCUUGUAGCAACACUUGGGUGAAACACAGCUGUAGUCCAUUACAUUUCCUGGAGCUUCCUGAGACAAGAGCGUGGAGGGCGGCCACAUCUCUGCAGCCUGCAUCAUGCCAGCCCUGGCCACAGGAUCGGCCUGCGACAUGGGUCUGUAUGAGCUGUUGGCUGCUCUGCCUGCCCGGCUGCAGCCACAUGUGGAUAGCCAGGAGGACCUGACCUUCCUCUGGGACAUGUUUGCUGAAAAGAGCCUGCAUUCACUGGUCAAGAUUCAUGAAAAACUUCACUGCUAUGAGAAGCAGAAUCCGUUGCCCAUUCUCCAUGGUGCAGCAGCAUUGGCUGAUGAUCUGACUGAAGAGCUACAGAACAAGCUACCAAACAGUGAGAUCAGAGAGCUGUUGAAACUGCUGUCAAAACCCAAUGUCAAGGCUUUGCUGUCAGUACAUGAUACUGUGGCUCAAAAGAGUUACGAUCCUGUAUUGCCUCCCGUGCCUGACGAUAUUGAUGACGAGGAAGACUCUGUGAAAAUAAUCCGCCUGGUCAAAAAUAGAGAGCCCCUGGGUGCUACCAUUAAAAAAGAUGAGCAGACUGGAGCAAUCACUGUGGCCCGAAUCAUGCGGGGAGGAGCUGCAGAUAGAAGUGGUCUUAUUCACGUGGGUGAUGAGCUGAGGGAAGUGAAUGGAAUCCCAGUGGAAGAUAAGAGGCCUGAGGAAAUAAUAAAGAUUUUGAGUCAGUCCAAGGGAGCAAUUACAUUUAAGAUAAUACCCAGCACCAAAGAGGAGACACCUUCUAAAGAAGGCAAGAUAUUUAUCAAAGCCCUCUUUGACUAUGAUCCUAAGGAAGACAAGGCAAUCCCGUGUAAAGAGGCAGGGCUGUCUUUCAGGAAGGGGGACAUUCUUCAGAUUAUGAGCCAAGAUGAUGUGACAUGGUGGCAGGCUAAGCAUGAAGGAGAUGCCAACCCCAGAGCGGGCCUGAUUCCCUCCAAGCACUUCCAGGAACGGAGACUGGCUCUGAGACGACCAGAAAUAGUAGUUCAGCCUCUGAAACUUUCCAACACGAAAUCAUAUGAGGAAGCAGUUGAAUGUGAGGAAAUUAAAGAAGAUGCUGGACAUGAUGAUAACAACAGCGGAACCUACAUAGCCUUCCACACCCUUGCUUUGUUUCCACAACAAGCUCUGUCCUCAGCAGUUAGAGGGGGACAUGUGGACACACGGGCUGGUUUUAGAAGAAGUUUCCGUCUUAGCAGAAAAGAUAAGAAAAUAAAUAAGUCCAUGUAUGAAUGCAAAAAGAGUGAGCAGUAUGACACAGCAGAUGUGCCCACAUAUGAGGAGGUGACACCCUACCGGCGGCAGAUCCAUGACAAAUACAGACUCAUUGUCCUGGUUGGUCCUGUCGGAGUCGGGCUAAAUGAGCUGAAGCGAAAGCUAUUGAUGAGUGAUACACAGCACUAUGGUGUGAUAGUGCCCCACACCACUAGAGCAAGAAGAAGCCAAGAGAGUGAUGGUGUGGAAUAUAUUUUUAUUUCCAAACACUUGUUUGAGACAGAUGUACAAAAUAACAAGUUCAUUGAGUAUGGUGAAUAUAAAAACAACUAUUAUGGUACAAGUAUAGACUCAGUUCGCUCUGUCCUAGCUAAGAACAAGGUUUGUCUGUUGGAUGUCCAGCCUCAUACAGUGAAGCAUUUAAGGACACUGGAGUUCAAACCCUAUGUGAUAUUUAUAAAACCUCCAUCCAUAGAGCGUUUGAGAGAGACAAGAAAAAAUGCAAAGAUUAUUUCAAGCAGAGAUGACCAAGGGACUGCAAAGCCCUUCACGGAAGAAGACUUUCAGGAAAUGAUUAAAUCAGCGCAGAUAAUGGAAAGUCAAUAUGGUCAUCUUUUUGACAAAAUCAUAAUAAAUGAUGAUCUUACUGUGGCAUUUAAUGAGCUAAAAACAACAUUUGACAAACUAGAGACUGAUACCCAUUGGGUCCCAGUGAGUUGGUUACAUUCAUAACUCAGGGAAAUGUCCUUAAUUGUCUUUUUACAGAGUUGCAUGGUUAGAUCAACUACCAUGGUUUUGGUAGGAUUUUUUUUUUAAUAAUUAGUAUGACUGUCACAGAUGUAAAGUCUUCAAUGUCAAAGUCAAAAUUUCAGUGCUGGUUUGUUUAUGUCUUUUACAGCCUUAUUUGAAGCACAUAACUGUACAAUCUAAGUCAAAAUCUGCACAGUGCUAUAGUCUUAGCAAAACUUGUAUUUCCUGGUUUACUUUAAUCUGUUUCUUUGUGAGAGGCGGUAUGUAUCAGAGUUCAUGCCUCACUUGGGCUCAGGUGUGCUCACAGCCCUUCACUGGGCAUACUUGCAGUUGAAAGCAUGGGCUUGGCCGCCUUGAGCAAAUCCACAGAUUUAACUGAGCUGGAAAUAAGACUCUGUCCUUAAAAAAUAUGUCCUUCAUGUGCACAUCUUUAAAACAAAGAAGAAACUCAAAUCUUUUCUUCAGGAAGUAACUCACAUAUUAUAGCUUAGGAAAUCCUUAUGAGUACAUAUUGGUGAUGCCGCCAAUAUUAUAUAAGAAAAAUCUAAUUCUCCUGUUUAAGUUGAGAGUCUCACUAUGUUGUCGACACUAGCCUUGAACUCAGCCUUUGUUUGCCUCAGCCUCCUGAGUACAGGAACAUGCCGCUGCGUCAGGCUUUAAAAUGACUUAACUGAUACUACAGAUGUAGAUACAAACUUUUCCUCAUGGUUUAGUAAAAAUGGCUCUGUCUUAGGGCAAGAAAUGGUCACACAGAACCUCUUACUUUAAUCUAUCAUUCUUCAAAAGACAUUUCUGGAGUCAGAAAGUUUUCUUCUCUUGCUUUGGAAUUUCUCAGCAAAUUAUACCAAUGAGUUAAGAAUUCAAAAACUUGUAACACGUGUUAGAGCACAGUGAAGGAAGAGGUGCUCAUGUUUCUGGUGUGCAAUCGCCACACAUGUAAAUUGUCCUAAAGUGUGUUUUAGAAACCUUAUAUUGUGUUAAAUUUUUGUCAACAAAAUGAUUAACACCAGCCAGAUUGCAUUUCAGCCUAUUCCAAAGGAAGGUGGAUUUUUAAAUAUUUCAAUAACAUUGUUCCUUUUUCUAUAAUUCCUUAGGUCUCUAGCAAGUGAAUAAUUUGCAAUACUACAAAUAUCCAUAGUUCAAUCUUAGAGCAGGUUCCUGCCAGUCCUCUGAGCAGUGCAGAUUAGUCAGUGGAAGAUUCAGCACAUCUAUGACUUGCAUACAAAACAUUAUUCUUGUUGCUUUGUAAAGAGUUUAAAUAUUAUGUUUAAAGAAAGAAUAAAAUGUAGGGAAAUUUUAUAUAUUUGUGAGAUAUUUGAAAGGCAUGUUUUUAAAUUAUCAAAUGAGGCUAUUCAUAAGAUAAAUUGUAUGUAAAGAUAUAAUUUAAAAUAGUUUUAUGGGCCAGGCGUGGUGGCACACGCCUUUAAUCCCAGCACUUGGGAGGCAGAGACAGGUGGAUUUCUGUGUGUUCGAGGCCAGCCUGGUCUACAGAGUAAGUUCCAGGACAGCCAGGGCUACACAGAGAAACCCUGUCUUGAAUGAAUGGAUAGAUAAAUAAAUAAUAAAUAAAUAAUAAAUAAUAGUUUUAUAAGCAAGAUCAACAUUCCAUGUAAAUAUUGGACCUUUUGGCAGAUAGGUCCACACACAUAUUACAUGUUCACUGCUGUUUGGUGGUGUCCAUGGCUAGCUUUCCUUAAGACAAUGUCAAAUUUCUAUGUGAAGCAGAAACAAAAACUUUUCUAGUGACCUCAUUACAUGUUCAAGCCCAACAGUCAGAUGAUUGGACUAAUGAACACAGUUCAUGGAAGUUCUGUGUUUAUUGAUUAAAGCCAUGCAGUUCAAACACAAAGAGGAAGGCUACUGAAUUUCUAUUCUGAAAUCACUGCUUUGUGUGGACUGUCUAGAAGCACAAGUCUUAAAGAGUUGGUUUGGGUGGAAUAUUCUGUCCCUUGCGCAAUGCCUACACUUCUCUAAAGGAAUUUCCUAUAGCAAGAAUGAUGAGAACUGUGUCCAGCAUAGGACAUUCUGAAAUAGUUUAGGUAUCCCAUGUUCAUACCUCAGGUAUCUUUGCUGAUUGUUUUUCUUCAUCUGGUGACUGCUCUCUUCAUUUUUUAUUUUGGGUUAGUGCUUGGGAAAUUUGGGGUAGGUAGUGAAGGUGAUGGAGUGUCAUGAAAAUAUAAAUGUCUGCACCUGUUAGACCACAGCUGAGCAUCUUUCUUUAAAAAAUAAAUAAACAGAAAUAAAGCAGUUUUAGAAAUCAUAUGGCAUGUAGCCUUACCUGUUCUAUUUCUUGAUAAAGCUUACAAAGAGCUUUAAUUUAAACAUAAAAGCCAGGCCGAGAUACCUACAGCAUUUGGCCUUGCUGUGCUCUCUGACCUCAGCACUCCCACCACCAAGGACAAAAAUACUUUGCUCCUAGCUUUCAGCAGCUUGUUUCUGGGGUGCAGUGCCAGCCACUAUUAGAAAUGCAGGGUUUCAUUGUUUAUCCAUUUAAAGUUGAACCUGGUAUGAGGUGCUGUUUUUCCCUAUCUCCCAGUUAGAAUGGCUAAAAAAGUAAAGAGAUAAACUUGAAACAAUAACGAUGGCUUUAUUGAGUAAUGUGGAAACUUGGCAUCUAUAAGGCUGACAUUCCUGGUACUAUAUAAUCAUCAAGUGUAUCUAAACUGUAAUAAUUUAAAGUGAGCAAACAUGUAAACUCGGAUUUACAAAACUGUGGAAUCAAAAAUGUCCCUGAAGAUUCAGAUUUUUAUUUAUUUUCCUGUGGCCUAUGAUGGAUUUAUAGAUAAAUGUAAUGGAAAGUUUUUUAUCUUAAUAAAGUAUCUUCAAACAAUAUAUCUGCUUGAAAGUUGUUUAGCACUUGAAUAUUGCUAUAAUUGUUCUACCCUGUGCUGCUUUUUCCAUGGUGGAACAAAUUCCAUCCUUUGGUAUUAUAUAAUUUAUUUGAUCUUUCCAUGCCUAAAAUUAAACAUUAUAUUUCUCU